UCAGGUCGGCUGCACGCGUAUGGGCGGCAAAAUCUGAUCACUUUCCGCCUACGUUCGUAAUUAUUGCGAUGCCACAGUUUUCAGUGUUGUAAAGUGCUGUGAGUAUUAUAUUUUGGACUUUUGUUGCGAAUUAUGGAGUCGUGAGUCGGGUCUCGGUCCUCGACGGGGUGGAAGCAUAAAUCAACAUGCCGUCGAGUGGCGAUAAACAUUCUGACUUCUAACCCAGAUGGAAAAGAAACGAGGACGAUAUGGGAAACUCCAUCGAGAUCUUUCCAGAGCUACUAACAUCACACUGAAAAUGUGGUAGAAAACUACCAUAAUGGGAACUUUGGAAGUGGUGACGUCAUUGUUGAGCAUAUAUUGCUGUUGUUAUAUUGGUCCAGCACAAGGGGGCCUGAACGAUGAUUAUAUGAGCAGUGGCGAGGCUCCUUAUAUUAUAGAACAACCAUUGGAUGUCACCGUAGCCCGUCACCAGCCAGCCACCCUUAACUGCCGCGCUGGGGGAUCGCCAACUCCUACUAUAAGAUGGUAUAAAGGAGGAGUUCUCGUAGUUUCUGAUACUCAUAGAAGCCUAUUGCCCGCCGGUGGCUUGUUCUUUCUAAGGGCCACACAUGGCAGAGCUCACUCUGAUGCCGGAGUAUAUUGGUGUGAAGCAACCAAUCCUUAUGGUACAGCAAGAAGUAGAAAUGCAACUUUACACGUAGCAGUGCUUCGAGAAGAGUUUAGAUUAGAGCCAAUCACUACACAAACAGCUCAAGGAGAAACUGUUAUAUUGGAGUGUUCACCACCACGUGGUUCCCCUGAACCAGCCGUCUAUUGGAAAAAGAAUGGGCAGACUUUACAUUUUGAUGGUGAUUCCAGGAUGCAUUUAGUGGACGGAGGCAGUCUUGUAAUACAAGACGCAAGGCAAACCGACGCUGGUAGAUAUCAAUGCAUUGCAAGGAAUGCAGCUGGCACGAGAGAGUCUGCUAUUGCCACGCUCAAAAUACACAUUAAGCCGUACUUAAUCACGGGCCCUGAGGACGUCGUGGCACAGACUGGUGGCAGUGUCACAUUUCAAUGUCGGGUCGGUGGUGAUCCCUUGCCUGACGUACUAUGGCGAAGAACUGCUGGAGGCGGAAAUAUGCCACUUGGUCGUAUCAAAGUACUAGAUGAUAGAAGUCUUCGGCUCGAUAACGUUAUUUUAGCGGAUGAAGGGGAAUAUACAUGUGAAGCUGAUAAUUCAGUAGGGGCGGUAAGCGCUAGUGGAUAUUUAACAGUAUAUGAUCCGCCGUCAAUUAUGUUGGAACCAAAUAAUAUAAAUGUUGAAAGUGGCUCAGUAGUAAAGCUUACUUGCAAAGCUUCUGGUAGACCUGAUCCUACCAUGUUUUGGAGUUUGGAAGGAAAUAGAACAAUAAUAUUUCCUGGUACUUCUAGAGAUAAAUACCAUGCUUCGUCGGUAGUUGAUGGAAUUACUAUAUUAACAAUCAAUGCUACAAAUAAAAAUGAUAGUGGAAAUACGAUAGUUUGUUCUGCGGUAAACUUUGCUGGCAGUUCGUUUGCCAGAGGGAAACUUAGUGUGACGUCAGACGAUGACCGCCCACCGCCAAUCAUAACAAAUGGUCCCUCUAAUCAAACGUUACCUAUAAAAUCGAUGGCGGUUUUCCCCUGCACUGCCGUAGGUACACCUGAACCAAUUAUAGCUUGGUAUUUCGAAGGGGAAGCAUUAUCACAGAAUCACAGGAGAAAUGUUUCGAAUGAUGGAACCUUAAUAUUAAGAGAUUUAGAUAAAAGUGACAGUGGUACAUAUACGUGUGUUGCUUCAUCACAACACGGAAAAUAUGUAUGGAGUGGUGUUUUACUUGUAGAUAGCCCGAUGAAUCCAAGUAUACAUUUUUUUCGAGCUGCCGAUGGAUCAGCUUUGCCAGGACCACCAACAAAACCUCAACUUUAUAACGUCACUGAUACAAGUGUCACAAUUACUUGGAAUCAGAAUAAUAAAAUUGGGUCUUCUUCUAUUAUAGGAUAUCAAAUAGAAGUAUUUCCGAGAGAAACGCUUUCAGGAAACAGUACACCGAGAAAUUCUCGCGGGUGGGUAGUAAUAGCAAAGAAAGUCCAUAAAACCUAUUAUGUUGCGAAAUCUCUUAUACCUGGAGUUACUUACAUGUUUAUAGUAAGAGCUGAAAAUUCACAUGGACUGUCCGGACCGAGCCCUAUAUCUGAUUCUAUAACUAUUGGUGAAGAUACUAACACUAUGUGGGAAACUGGAAUGUUUUCCAAUAAUACAGAGUUUAGAAAUAAUAUUUUAACUGAUAAUAUCGUUGAGUUAAUUGAAGCCACACCAAUUGAUGCUAAAACAAUAAAAUUGAUGUGGGAAAUAUUGAAUUUCUACUAUUUGGAAGGAUUAUUUAUAUAUUUUAGGCCUUUAGAUAAUAUUACGACCGAAUAUGAAAUGAAAACUAUUCUGCAUUCCAACGAUGUUUCCGGAUAUGAAAUAACUUCUUUGAGAAAGUAUACAAAAUACGAGUUUUUCCUUAUACCCUUUUAUAAAAGAUUUGAGGGGAAACCGUCUAAUUCUAGGGUCGCCCAAACAUUAGAUGACGCUCCUGAUGGUCCACCGAUAAAUAUCGAAAUGUUCAUUUUUAAUACCACAACAGUCCAUUUAAAAUGGUCACCACCAGAAUUAUAUUUACAAAAUGGUGUAAUAUCUGGAUAUAAUGUGAUAGUAAACUGGCUUGAUAUUCCGGCCAAUAAAUCUAUGGUAGCUAUAAAUACUACCGUCCACCAGGCAACGAGUCUUAUAAUGACUAACUUAACUUCAGGGGUUAGCUACUCAGUUCAAAUUGCUGCGGAAACCAUUGUUGGAUUGGGACCAUUUAGUCAAAAAGUAUAUUUGAAUAUAGAUUCUCGAUCAGUAGGAUUAGAUCCUUUAUCAAGAUAUCCUUUAAAUGGAGAAGUAUCAAUAGUUGCUGGAGAUUUUAUGAUGGAAACAUGGUUUUACAUUUUGAUAGGAGCAAUUAUAUUAUUUAAGAUAAUUGUUAUCGGUGGCAUUAUAUAUGUACGGAAGAACAACAUUUUUGCAAAGAAAUCAGCACUUCCGAAUAUUUAUGAUUCAAAUGGAACCAGUUUGGUAACUCAAAUGAACAUAAAAGCUGCAGUAUCUUUAUCGCAUCCACUUACAAGCUGUUAUAAUAAAAAUACCGUAACAAAGACAGAAUCGUUACUUUGGAUGGAAAAUCAGCCCGGAUUAUGUAUGUCUACUAAUCAAAAUAAUCAAAGCAAAGAAAAAGUGAAUAGUGAAUAUGAUAAAGUCACUCAACAAUUACCAGAAUAUGCAGAAGUGACAUCUUCAAGAGCUAAUCCAAAUGAAUGGAAUACGAGCAAGACAGCAAAUUCUCCGGCUGCCUACGCUUCUGUUACACUUGUUGCUAAUACAAGACAGUGCGUCAGUUCAUUGGGUUGGUUCCCACCUGGAGGUAAGAAUAUUGAUUCUUACGAUAACCGGUAUGCCCCUGAUGAGGAAUUAUAUCCAGCUAGCAAUGGAGGCUACUACAAUCGAAAUGUUUAUAGUGAGAAAUAUUUCCAAGGUCAUCCUAAUAUAUUAAAAUUUUACGAUUUGCCAUCAAUGGACAAAACGCAAAAAGCUCAAUUAAGGUAUAAUCAGAGCUUAGAUGAAAGAAAAGGAGAUAAAACAAAGACUGACGCUACUCAGUCCUUAAUAGGUCGGACGUAUGGAAUUAAUUCCCGAAAAAAUUCUGAAACUGAAACGACGUAUAGAGCAUUUGGAGAAGAUGAAUCUGAUGAUGAAAAUUAUACAGAAGACGGUGGUUAUGAUGAACUGCAAGCUAUGCAGCCUCAGAGACAGAGACCACAACAUCAAUAUGAACGGCCUAAUUUUGACAACGAUGGUACUCGGACGUUAGCUAGGCUGACGUCGUUUAGACAUGGACAAGGGGUCCAUGGUAAUACUACCCAAUCGCCUCUUGCACCAUCACACCCCCCACCAGCGCCACAUCCCCGAGUUGACUCCGUGACUCGGUAGUAUCACGCCUUGCCGGUUUUCGGCGAUCUGUGCCAAACGGAUGUAUAGACCGAUAUUUUUUUCCUAUAUUAGUGUAGUGUGUCACUAUGAGAGAUCGCAGUUCUUCCUCACGUUGUACAGGUUUCGGUGUAUACUCGUGUAAAGAACAUUUUUAUUUGACAAUAAUAGUGAAGUUCGUUUUGUUUUUUGAGACUUUUCUGGCCUAUAUAACGUUACUGUGAAAAUGGUUACUAAUGCGUAAACUAGGCCUAACGCUUAUAACUGCGCAUAUUGUAGGUAGUUAGUAUUUUACACAUUUUAAUAUAUUCUUUUUAUACUUUGGAUCUAUUCCUAGUCUUUGUAUAGUGUAUUAAUUGUAAAUAUAUUGUAUUAUAUCUAUAAUUAUAUUAGUAAACUAACGAAUCUCAUUGGAAAUGGUAAUAUGUUAAUUCAAAUAAAUGUUUUAUAAUGUUAUUAUUGGAUUUGAUAGAAUUCAAUUGAUAUGUCCGUCUGAAUAUCAAUAAACGAAUUUGUAACCAUAAUAUCAUUAGUUUAAGUAUAAGUAAAAAUAGAAACUGAAACAAAUUAACGCUUGGCAAUAAUUUGAAAUAACUUCGUAGAAAUGUACAUAAAUUUUGUAACAUAGACAUAAACACAAUAGUGGCAAAACUCCGUAGAUUUUUUUGGGUUUUCAAUUACUUAUAAGAAUCUAACUUUUAUUUAUUUUAAUUUAAUUGUAACUUAAUAAUAUUUUAUCAUGUUACAAAUUAAUUUAGUUUUACGUUAAUGUGCCAUAAAAUUAUUCUGUAGAUGUAUUAGUUAGUAACAUUGGAGUUGUGAAAUUUAAUUCAUAUGAUGCUUUUACAAAAACUAAUGUUAUAAUCUACGUAAUAUAAUGUGAUAUGAGUUGAAUAUAGCCACUUGUUAUAACGUCUAAAUAGCACAACUUGUAUAAUGGCAUAUCAUCUGUAUUAGGCAUGUAAUAGAUAAAAAGAUGUUAAUAACCGCCGGUUACAUAAGUAUUAAUGUUCAAUUGAAAUAUGCUGAUUCAAAAUUACAUUUAUUUAAUAUUAUUUCUCUGUAUCUAUCUCUAUAGUUUUUUUUUUUUUAUUAAAUAUAAUUGCGUAAAUUUAAAUUAUCAAUGCUGUAUACAUAAAGUAUCAAAAUAUCCAUCUUUUAUGUAACUAAGAUUUACUAUCAAAACGUAACAUUUUAUUUUCUUGAUAUAUUAUUACUUAAAUAUAUAAAACUUCUUAGCAAAUUAGAAGUAAAACUUUAUAUCUUAAUGCAUAGGUAAUUCAGUAAAACUAUGUAGAUGAAAAGAAACUAAACACAUUGAUAGGUCUCAGUUCUACGUAUUGCAAUAUUAAAUUAUAGACCGAAUCACUUCAGAAACAGUUAUGUGUCUCUCAUUGUUGUUUUUUCGAUUAUAUGUAUGACUUUAAUAAUGUCAUUAUUCAUCUAGAUAACAUAAAAUAUUGCAAAAAAAAUUACUGGGUAAAUAUCUCAGUUAUGUAUAUAUAUGUGCGAUUCCUCCACCGUGCAUUAGUAAUUCUAUAAUAUUACUGAAGGGUUUUGAUCUUUAAUAAGUAUCUUUUUGUUUAAAUGAUGCUUCUUCUCUCUUCUCUCUUACUAUGGUCUUUUCGUUAUAUUAUAAUAUUUCGAUGAAAAGGUUGUUCCGUAUUUCAUCGGAUCAACGUGUCGUGCAAUUAGGCCUAUCAAUUUCGUUCUGUUGGCAGCAUUCAAUUCAUUCGCUCGUGUACCUUUUCAUCUUUUAGCGUGCGUACUCACGUGACUACCAGGCGUCCAUUAUAUGAUCAGGAAAUAAUCAGUGCUUUCAGUCGUGUACAGAGUUGCCAGGUCUGCUCAGAAUGCGUUCGGUGAAUAAUUACAAAAAAUUGACGUUUUAAUUACCUCUUUUUAAUUAUAAAUAUAAGUAAAAUGUAUUAAUUUGAAUUAGUCGAAUAAAUAAGUUACAACAAAUGACUUUUAUAAUAAAUAAUUGGUGCAUUUUAGGGACAACUGGCUGUUCAUAACUGAAAAUUAAUCGUAUAAUGGGCGUCUUAGUAAUGUGAUAAACAUAGCAAUAUUUGUUAAUGUUUUCUGUUUCGUUAUAAUAAUUAAUAUUAUUACAUUAUACUACAUAUUCCACUUAAAGAUAUAGGUAUUUACAAAGUCUAUUACGUUUACUAUAACUGCAAUUAGAACAUGUUAUAAAUAUUUAAUUGAAAUUUUAAAUUAAUACAGAGAGAUGUCGAUUAUUUUUAUUAUAAAUUUCUUAUAAAAUAUACAGAUACGAAUGUUAAAAUAAAAAUAACAUAUUGAUUGAAUAUUUCUUAAUUAAUGUCCACAUUCUAUUGGUCAGUUUUUCAAUCGCAUAACACUUAUGUAAUCGUCUUAUAUUUAUUAUUUUGUAAAUAUGUAAAAUGAAGUUCAUUGCCUUUUUAUACUCCAACUUGUGUACUGAUCUAUGUUUUAUUGCUCUUGCUAUGACUUUUUUUUUUAUUAAAUGAAAUAUUAAAUGGAUACCUUGCUUUGUUAUCGGUACAUAGAGAAUGUGCCAUAAAUAUAGUAGAUACUAGGUAUUUGCAAGUGAUUGCUUUUAAUAAAACCAAAAUAAUAUCUAUAGUUCCUAUACGCACUUUAUUAUGCAAAUUGUGGAUAUUUUAAAAGCUAUAUUAUUUGCAAUAAAAUGGACUGGGAAUUAUCAGUCUCAUUUAUAUGUUAUUAGAGGUAAUUUACUGCAAUAUUUGCAGUGAAGUGCUGAAUUUAUUAUUAAUAUACAUAUUUUAGUGCUGAUAUAGCAAAACUCUUUACCGCGUAGUGAAUAAAUUUAGCAGUUUAUGUUUGCCCACUUGCAUGUCUAGUUUUUACAAUUAAAUAUCGUUGAUAAACCAUAGCAAGGUGUCUUUGAUUCAAAAGGAAACGAUAUUAUGUCGUAUUUUGUAACUAUGAAAUAUUAUUUUUGUGUGCACGCAAGAAUCAAUGAUUGAAAGUAUAAUUUCUAAAUAGCAAACUGAAGUCUGAGGAUUUUAAUUUUGUAUUAGUCCUUGAAUAUCUAUUUUUAAUAAAAUAAUUUGAAUUAUCUAUAA